CUCAGUUCCACCGAAGCACAAGAAUUUCCUGUUCCUUUUCCAUGAUUUCACAAGCUGCUUGCUCACUUGUGGACUCCUGUCAGAAGGCUUUUUAUCCUGCCUGAAGCCAGAGGACUGGUUCCAGCUUCUCCUGGUCAGUACCAUGGCCAAGACCCUUAGUGACCAUCUGCUGAACACUUUGGAGGAGCUUGUGCCCUAUGACUUCGAGAAAUUCAAGUUCAAGCUGCAGAACACCAGCCUGGAGAAGGAGCACACCCGGAUCCCCCGAGGUCAUCUCCAAAUGGCUAGGCCAGUGAAGCUGGCCACCCUGUUGCUCAGCCAUUAUGGGGAACAAUAUGCUGUGCGGUUGACUCUGCAAGUCCUGCGGUCCAUCAACCAGCGCCUCCUUGCAGAGGAACUCUACAGGGCCACUGGGCAGGAACUUGGGACACAAGCAAGUUGCAUGGACACUUUGGCAGCAUAUUCUGGGGAGAACAAGUCCAAGAGCCUAAAGAUACCUGAUAACCCUGCAGGUGAUGGACAGCAGCAAAGUGGUGAUGGGGUAGCCAGCUUGCCAUCCAGCCAGACUGAGGCAGUGAGGGGACCUCAGAAGAAGUCUGCAGGCAAACGGAGGGAUGUAAAGGGUCCUGAGGGCCUGGACAUACAGGGUAAGCCAUGGACUAGGAGCACAGUGCUGCAGGCCAGGAAAAGCCCUGUGCCUGCCCAGCAGCAGCCAGGGAAUUUGGAGAUCCAGGCGAGUACCCAGCUCCGAAGGAAUGCCAGCUCAGCAGGAAGACUCCAGGGGCUCUGCAGUGGGGCCCAAGGGAGGAAAGACUCCAAGAAAUUGGAAAUAUAUUUGCCUUCAGGAAAAAAGCGACCCAAAAGUCUUGAACUUACUAUUUCUUCAGAAAAGAAAGAACCUCCAAAUCCAGAAACUCUUCUGACAUCUCUUGAGGAAAUGAGAAAUGCAAAUGCAGACUCAGCAGCCACUUCCAGAGUAGGGGAUACUGUGGCUCUGGAGAAUGGCUCCAGGAAUUCAGAACUCAAGAUCACACUUUCCAGUGCAUGUUUGGCUCCAGAGGAAAAAUCCACAGCAUCCUUUGGACAGUAUGGAUCUGGAUAUUCAGAAAGUCUGGGGAAGAUGGCAGGUGAUGUUUUACACAAGUCCUCAAAUCCAGAAGUACCUUCAUCUUCAGGGAGGCCACAAGGUGAAGCUGUACGCUCCCUAUGCCAUACCCAGGAAGGGGAUCUGCUUGGUGGUACCUGUGUGCACGGCUCCUGCAGCUACCCUGUUGCUUCUGGGAACUCUAAGACCUCAGGGAAAAGCUUUCACAGCUGCCCACAGUGCCAGGCUUCAUGGGCAAGUAAGAGUUCUGGCAGUGUGAGUCCCCAGGCCCUGCCACAGUGCCAGCGCCACAUGAAGCAGGCACGGCUGCUCUUCUGUGAGGACCACGGGGAGCUCAUCUGCCUCAUCUGCAGGCUGAGUCAGGAGCACCAAGGCCACCGGGUGCGCCCCAUUGAGGAGGCUGCCUUGGACUACAAGGAGCAAAUUCAGAAGCAGCUGGAGCAUCUGAAGGAACUGAGGAAAUCUGGGGAGGAGCAGAGAUCACAGGGGGAUAUAAAGACGGCAAGCCUCCUGAAACAAACUGAAACCCAGAAGCAGAGGGUGUGGUGUCAACUGGAGCAGCUGUAUCGGUUUCUUCAACAGCAGGAGAAGCUCUUUUUGGCCUGGCUGGAAGAGCUGGGCCAAACCAUUGGACAGGUCCGGAAGACCUAUGGCACCCAGAUAUCCCAGAACAUCACCCUCCUUGAUGAGCUGAUUGGGGAGCUUGAGGCCAAGCUGGGACAGUCGGAAUGGGAACUCAUGCAGGACAUCAGAGUCACCUUGCACAGGGCCAAGACAGUGACUGUCCCUGAGCCAUGGGUCACUCCUCCAGAGGUAAAAGAAAAGAUCCACCUGCUAUACCAGAAAUCGGAGUUUGUAGAGAAAAGUAUGAAGUACUUCUCAGAUACAUUGCGUUCUGAAAUGGAAACAUUCAGUGUUCAAGAACUGACCAGUGCUCAGGCACAUGCUGUUAAAGUAUUCCUGGAUCCAGCAACUGCCCAUCCAAACCUUGUCUUUUCUGAUGAUAUGAAGAGUGUGAGACUUGGAGGCAAAUGGGACAGGCUGCCUGACAGCCCAGAAAGGUUCGACAGCUGCAUCUUCACCCUAGGCUUUCCCAGAUUCUUCUCUGGCUGCCAAUACUGGGAAGUAGAGGUUGGGAACAAGACAGCAUGGGUCUUGGGAAUAUGCAAGGCAUCCACAAGCAGGAAGGGGAGUGUGACUCUGACACCACAGAAUGGCUACUGGGUGGUGAUGAUGAUGAAGCCAAAUGAAUACCAAGCAUCUACCAUUCCCCCAACCCACAUUCGAAUAAGUGAACCCCCCAAACGUGUGGGCAUCUUCUUGGACUGGAAGACUGGACAUAUUUCCUUUUAUAAUGUGACAACCAGAUCGCACAUAUACACAUUCACCAGCCUCUCUCCCUCUGGGCCCCUUCAACCUAUCUUCAGCCCUGGAACACAUGACGGAGGGAAGAACAUGGGUCCUCUGACCAUCUGUGCAGUGGAUGACCAGGGGCCUCACUGAAUGCCCAACACUGUAUCUCUAUGCCAUCUCCUGGUCUUGCAACUUGCAUUCAGGCACAUAGUAGUUACAUGCCUACUGUGAGGCAGCUGCUGCUAUAAGGAAGACAGUAAAUAAGAAAGUAGUCCAGAAAGAACCUUCUUCUUGGUGUUGCCCAGAUCACACACUAACAAUGGAAACUCAGCAGGACCUUCAACCUCCAAAGCAGCAGCC